ACCAGCUAAUAGCCACAGGGAGGAGUUGCAGCUUGCGUAUGAAAUAGCCACAAACACGCACGUCCACGCCUUCAUACUUGGGGUGAAAUUAGAGAAAGUGCUCAGUCGCAGACCGCAGUUGAGUUUAAGCUUUGCUUAAAAUUUGAAGGGCGCCAUGGACUCAGAUCCCAGCGCCUCCUCGGAUGCGCCCAAGGUGAAGAGGACCUUUGACCAAAUGGUGUUCGUCAACAGAAGUGUGACCAUGGAAAACAUCCAGUGUUAUGGAUUCGACAUGGACUACACAUUGGCAGUGUAUAAGUCUCCUGACUACGAGAGCCUUGGCUUUGAGAUGAUAAGAGACAGAAUGGUGUCUGUUGGAUACCCUCGCGAGCUUCUACGCUACACAUACGACCCCAGCUUCCCCACGCGCGGUUUAGUGAUCGACACCACAUUUGGGAACCUCCUGAAGGUGGAUUCAAAUGGGAAUAUUUUGGUCUGCAGUCAUGGCUUCCGCUUCCUGAAAGGAGGCGACAUUCACAACUACUACCCCAACAAGUUCAUCCAAAGAGAUGACACCGACCGCUUCCACAUUCUUAACACUCUCUUCAAUCUUUCUGAGACUUACUUCUACACCUGCCUUAUGGACUUCUUCACCCGAUGCAACAGAUACACAAACCUCCCGAAAGGUUUCCAGCAUGGCGACUUGUUCAUGUCCUACAGAAGCAUGUUCCAGGAUGUUCGAGACACGAUGGACUUCAUUCAUGACACGGGAAUCCUGAAGGAACAAACAAUCAAGAACUUGGAGAAAUACAUUAUCAGAGAUCCGAAUCUCCCUGAGCUCUUGAGCCGGCUUAAAGCUGUGGCGAAAGUCUUCCUCGCCACCAACAGUGACUACAGCUACACCGAGGCCAUUAUGAACUACCUGCUGGAAAACAAUCCCAAGUCCGGAAGUGAGAAAAGGUCCUGGCGCUCCUUCUUCGACCUCAUCGUGGUGGACACCAAAAAGCCUCUGUUCUUCGCCGAGGGGACAGUGCUGAGACAAGUGGACACGGACACCGGGAAGCUUCGGAUCGGGACGUACACGGGCGCCCUCCACGCUGGAACCGUCUACUCCGGAGGUUCCUCGGACGUCAUCUGCGACCUGCUGGACGUCCGAGGCAAAGACAUCCUCUACGUCGGCGACCACAUCUUUGGCGACAUCCUCAAAUCGAAGAAGCGCCAGGGCUGGAGGACUUUCCUCGUCGUGCCGGAGCUCACCAAGGAGCUGCAGGUGUGGGACGAGAAGAAGAGUCUGUUUGAGGAGCUGAAACGUCUCGACGUCUUCUUGGCGAAACUCUACAAGCAGCUGGACAGCGGAAGUCAAGACUGUCCCGACAUCCGGACUAUUCAGACGAGAAUGAAGGUGCUGACCUACAGGAUGGACAUGUCCUACGGCCAGAUGGGCAGCCUGUUGCGCAGCGGCGCCAGACAGACGCUGUUCGCCAGCCAGCUGAUCCGUUACGCGGAUCUAUACUCCUCCACCUGCAUCAACCUGCUGCACUACCCCUUCAAUUACCUCUUCAUGGCUCCCCCAGUGCUGAUGCCCCACGAGUCGGCGGCUCAGCACGCGGCCGACUUCGCCUCCGCGGAGCUCGCUCGCACCAACAACGUGGUCAUGAGCAGGAACUAAAGGUUCGUGUCACCACGUCGCACUUGCACAAUUGUCGUCGUUCUUGGUUCGAAUUCCUUUGGUGGUUUCUUAUCGUUUCAGUGUCGCAAUGCUGAACACAGCCGGCCUGUUUCAGAAGGAAGAAGUGUGAGGAGGAAUAUGCGAUGGACUCAGGUGGCUGUUUGCUCCGGUGUUUGGUUGAAAAUCGGCAGUUCCAGCAAAAAUAUAUAUAUAUAUAUUUCACUCAACCUAGUGGAUUUGAAGUGCUAUGUCAUGCAACGAUAUUUCUGCUCUUUAAAAGCAAAACACUGAUUCAGGGUUACUGUAUAUACGAGUGUUAAACUGUUGUUUGAUGUAGUGGUAGAUGUGCACUUUGCAGUGGUAUUUAAGGUGUGACUUCAUUUGUUGCUUCUGAAUAAUUUUAAUAAAGCAUUCAUUCUAUUUGUUUUCAUUGGAAUAUAACAACUUUGACCAAACAUGCCGGUGUAUUCAAUUUGAUCUAACACUAACUAUUUAGUAGAUUUGGGGGCCAUUUAUUUGGCAGUAGGUUGAAUUUAAAAUUGGUCCCAGAGACAUCUGUGGAUUAUUCAGAGUAGCAAGGACACGGUUGAGUUUUUCAAAUGCAAUGUUUCAGCGUCACAAAUUCCUUUAACAGCUAGACAUCUAAAGACAACGCAAUUUAAAACAUGAACAAAUAAGAUGUUCUCCAAAGCAGUUCAGUUGAAUUUGUAUGUAUUUGAGUGACUCUGUGUUUUGUACUACAUCCGUUGUCCACUGGAUGGCAGAGACUCGCCUCUCCUACAGACCCAGGUCAGACCCUGGAGCUGGCUGAAGACCAAAGACAAGUGAAAAACGGACUAAACGAAGAUCUGUCUCUUAACAAAUGAUAACACAAAUCACUAUUUAAACUAUAAACUUUAAAGCAUUUACUAGAAAGAAAAAAACGGUGUGCUUAAAAGCAAAGAAUACGGCCUAGAUGAGCUGCUGCUUGCUUUUGAAUAAACCUGAAUUAAACUAAUCCUAUUUUGGUCUUGUCAUGUCUACAGACACCUGUGUGGUACUAAUUGCACACACACACUGUACCUCCCACUUGUUCUCCCCUUCGGCUCUGACGGUCCUGCUCCCGCCAGAGCCGGACCUUUAUCAAGGAAUUUGUCUCUCUCUUUGGUCACUGUGGUAUCAGUGCUCGCAUGUGAUCACCAAGAGGAAAAAGUGACGGUGCUCUUGCGGGGUUGAAGAGUGCGUUUUCCACUGUAGUUGUGUUAU